CGUUCGGCCCGAUCCAUGGGAUGAUGAGAGUCACGAGAGUUGCGAGAUCGCAUGCAGCACGGGCUUUCAAAUCCCACGUCGUCGCCAUAUAUGUAUAUAAAAUCAGAAGGUUCGUGGUCUGGAGUAGCAGACAUUUUCUCUCGUUUUCGAAGGAGGGAGAAGAGGGACAUGGGUGUUGAUCAGAGAGACGAGAGCAGGAGCAGCACGACCGCAAAGAAGAGAUCGUGCGAUGCCAUGGCCAAGAUCGGGAGCGGCUGUGCGACGGCGACGAUGGCCAGGAAGACCGGUAGGAAAAUUCUUCCCGAGGAUGAGGACUACAUAGAGUUCUGUUUCAGAGAGGACGGCGCGUUCCACGUCAUCAAGGAUAACCAGGACAAGUCAUCGGCGUCGGCAUCGGCGUCGGCGUCGGCUCAGCUCGAUGGCGUGAAUUCGACUGCUCCAAUUCCGAGGCCCGUCGACCGGAAACUCGAUCAUAGCAAGAUCGAAACGGUAAGGAACGAAGUCGUCGAGCAUUCUCGGUCUAAAGAUGAAGGGAAUGGAUCGAGAGGCAACGGGCAAUGCACAAGCUCGAAUAAGAAGGAGAAGAAAGGAGGAGUCAGCCGCGCCGGGAAGGAGACGACGGAGCGGACGGACUCCACCAAAUCAGACGGCAGCGGCCGCGGCUCUUUCUCCUUCCCCGCGUUGAGGGUGGAGUGGACGGGAAGUCCGGUGCAAAUGCCAAGGCCGGCGGCAAAGGAGGGAUUGCCGUACUUGAAGAAGCAGAGAGUUCCGCGAGUCCGAGUCCGCUUUCAGUGCUGUAGAUUCUGAGAAGUCGGCCGUUCGUGCAAUUUAUCUUCUUUUCUCUUUGAUUUUCCUUUUCCUUUCUUAGCUUUUUCUCUUGUUUUGUUUCCGUUUUUCAAUUCGGAAUUUAGGAGAUUCAACUGAGCAUUAGAAAUAUUAUCCCGGCAAGGGUCACAUUGGAAUUUCAAGCAAGUUCUAUCUCAAUGUCUC